AGCGCCGAGUAUGCUUCGUGAUGACGUCACGGGGGCGGCUUAGUUUCGAUGUCUGUGAGCACCAAUCAGAGCGCAGAAAAACCCGGAACUUCUGAGAGUGUAAGAAAGAGCGCCUGCAUUCAAUUUGAAAAGAACGAACGACGUCAGGUAGUAAUACUGAUCUGGAAUCAGCACCGUCAACUGGUCGGUCAUGAGUUUUUCUCUGAGUCCGUUCACCCCCAUGGGCAUUCGCAGCAUUCAAGAGCAGCGGGACCGCUGGGAGAGGAAGAGGAGCCGCACAGGCCGCGAGCUAGUCCAGAGUGAAAAAAGCUACUGCCAACAGCUGGAUCUAAUCGUCACGUACUUUGUGGAGAUCUUGAAGGCCAAAGGAACCCUCAGGCAGGACAUUAGAGAAAGCAUCUUCAGUUCAAUUAAAUCCAUUCAUUUAAUAAACCAGACCCUACUCACUCAUCUAGAACUGGGGAGGUUUAGCGUCGGGUUUGAGGAGUUCUGCGCUCAUCUGCAGCUGUAUAAUACUUACGUUGACAACAUUCAGACGGCUAAAAAAGUCCUCAUGGUUCAGGUGAAGAAAAGCAAAGCCUUCAGACGGUUUAAAAAGCUCCAGGAGUCGAGGCCUGAGUUCAGUCAGCAGAAACUUGAGGACUUGCUAACGCUUCCACUUCAGCGUAUCCAGCAGUACAAGCAUUUCUUGAGGGACUUGACAGAGAACACCAGUCCAGACAACCCAGAGUUUCAGCAGCUUUCAAAGGCAGUGAAAGCUGUCUCAGAGGUGGCCCAGCGGAUCCAGGACAACGCUCGCAGCCAUGAGAACCACCUGCAGCUGCGCAGAGUACAGAAACAGCUGAAGGGCCGAAAGACCAGAAUCCUGACUCCAGGGAGGUGGUACAUUCGGGAAGGCUGGCUGAAGACAGUGCCCCCUAAAGGCACGGAGGCAAAACCUAAGAUGUUUUACCUGUUCUCUGACAUCCUACUCCAGGCCAAACCGUGCAGUCCCAUACAUCCUACCAAUGGGGAUAAGUUUGCCUGCCAGCGAAUCUACCCAUUAAAGGAGUGCACAGUGGACAAAGUCUUCGGCCACACCAAAAGCCAGGGAGGCCUUAUUAGUUUGACCUUCGCCAGGGCCAAACUACUUCUAAUGUCCGAUGAUCAGGUGGACAUUAAUGAUUGGUACCGUAGCCUCUGCUUGGCAAUUGGGCAGCUGAAGUCAAAGAAUACAGUGGUGCACAGGAGAGACGAGCUGUGUAGAAGACCAAUCAGAUCGGAUCCAGACAGUCAGAACACUCCAGAACUGCAGCAAACACGUGGAAUAAAACGGACUGUGAUGUUGGAUGAAGAGGUUUGGGAACACAGUGAGGGUCAAAGCAGCAGUUCCAUCCCUUUAACAGCAGAGAGCGGCCACAGCACCACCAAGAGGCUGAAGCCUAAUGAAGCUCCUGCUGCAAGACCACAGGAGUCUUCUGGAUCAAGCUGCGUCAUACUGUGAAGAGGUUCAGAUUCGGAAAAGAGCUGAAAGGUCUGCCCACUGACGGAAGGAGUAGAGGUGAUUUAGGAUGAAUGCAAUGUACAUCUACUACAUACUGCUGCAUUUUUUUUCCCAUAUGCCAAAGAAUAUGGUGCAAUGCAGGCUUAAUGCUUUUAAGAUUUUUAUACUGAGAUGUCUUACUAUUUAAAGUGUAAUUCGAUGCAGAAUUACUUGGUUAUCACUGGUAAUGGCAAAAAUCUAACAAAAAAUACAGAAAUAUCAUGUAUAGUAAUAGAAACGUUAUCCAUUCACAGACUCUGAAUAGAAAUGACUUUAGUGCAAAACCAUAGAUUACUGUUUAUCAUCACAUUUUUAAUAUGAAAUAAUUUGGUGCAAUAAGAUUUUUUGGUUUGCAUGAGAUUUUGCUCUGUUAGACACUGGAACAAAGGGGAAAACCUGUUUUUAUAUAUACCGAAUGUUGUUUUAAUUAUACUCCCAAUACUAAUGCAAAUAUAUACAUGCUUGUCUGCUUGUGUUAAUUAAACUUUUACUGUUAGAUCCGUUUAGGGUUGUAAUUGUUACUAACGCUGUUACACUGGCCAAUAUUAUAAUAUUUUGCAUGUGACUUAAUAAAAGCUCAGCGAUUUGCUCUAAACAA